UGCGAUGAUGAAGCUGCGCAUCCUGGUGCUGCAGCUGCCGGUCGUCCUGUGGGUGCUGUACGGCGUGUGCUACGUGCUGUGGGCGGAGGACGAGAAGCUGCUGGACGCGGCGCAGCCGUUCCUGGUGCCGGUGCAGGUGGGGUCGGUGCUGCUGGCGGGCUGGGGCACCAACAUGGCGGCGCACGUGCUGUCCGAGGCGCUGGGCGGGGUGCGCGCCACGCACAAGUUCCUCGCUCUCGAGCUCACCGUGCUGCUGCCCGAGGUGCAGAGCCUGCUGGCGCACCGCGUCGCCGGCCUCUUCCCCUGCACCGUGCCCUUCACGCCGAUCUUCUGGAGCAACAUGGUGGUGAAUGUGUUGACACUGCUGGAGGUGUUUGCCCUCAGCCUCUGGGCUCGAAGCCUGUACUGCCACCAGGAGCUGGGUUUCCACCGCAUGCGAGAGGAGGAGGAGGGUGAAGACACGGAACACUGCCAGGAGAUGGUUGACGUCUCAAAUGCCAGGGGCCUUCGGUAGCAGUCUGACCUGGUGGUUGCUCAAAGUGACCAUGAUCAAUUGUGGUACUGCCUGUCAGGGCCUGCGAGGCAGCUCCCAGCAGAGAGUCAUGCGAUAUCCCACUCGUACUCUGGCACUGGAGAUUGAACCUCUCACAGAGCACCAGUGACAGGCAAAUGCAGGGAAAGUUGCACACCUGCAGCUGUUGGCUUCGAGGUUACCCAGUUUCAUAUCAUCUGCAGAUAAAUGGAGGAUCAUCCAUCUCAGAUAUGUGAAAUGAGUCCUUCUCACCAUCGCCCAGUAACUGGAAGUCAGCCUCCACUCGGGCUACCUAUAUUCAGCAGAAUUUCCAGGUGUCUCCAUGUUGUCAGUUCCAUUGCACUCUGCUUUAUGCUGAUGUUUAUACAACUAUAAAGUUGCUUCAAUCUCCAGGGGUGUAUAAUAAUAUACUGUACCUACAUAUGAUUUACGUUGUUAAUGGGAUUUUGACUGUCCUGAUUGUCCUCAUGGUGAACUGUCUAUUGCCUCACUCUGAAGUGGCUGCGAUGGAUAACUUUAUCGUACAUAUGUAUGAUUUCUGGCAUGUAAUAUGGCCAUAUUAGAACAUACCCAAAUCCAAAACUGUGUAUAUACUUAUUGUCCGGAUCUACAGGUUGUAAUUACCUUGCUACCAAUAAAAUUCUAUGAACUAUAA